UCCUCAAAACCAUGACAACAUCUCAAACUUCUCCACCACCUCCUCCAAAAUAUUUACAAGAGGAUGGACUAAGUGAAGAGUGUAAGAAAUUGAUCUCUACCCUACCAAAAGAAAGAGGAUGGCUUGCAUCACAUAUCUACAAUUAUCAAGGUUUUUGGACAUCACCAAAAUUACUUCAAAAUGUGAUUGCAUGUCAACAACUAUUUCAAGCUCAAGAGAGUGAUAUCAUCCUUGUUACAAUCCCUAAAUCAGGAACCACUUGGUUAAAAUCGCUUUUAUUUGCUCUAGUGAGUCGAAUAAAAUAUCCUUUUUCAAAACAAAAUCACCGUUUAUUUAUCAAGAACCCUCAUGAUCUUGUUCCGUUCUUGGAGAUUAAACUCUAUGCUGAUGGACAAGUCCUUGAUUUUUCAUCCUUCACUUCACCUAGACUCUUGUCAACUCAUUUGCCCUAUGCUUCAUUGCCAAAAUGUAUCCAUAAUUCAAGAACCAAACUUGUUUACUUAUGUAGGAAUCCUAGGGACACUUUUAUUUCUAUGUGGCAUUUCACAAAUAGUAUAAGACUUGAUUACACAGAUACCAAUUCUAUUGGAGAAAUGUUUGAUCUAUUUUGUAAGGGUGUGAGCGCUUAUGGUCCAUUUUGGAGUCACGUGUUGGAUUAUUGGAAAGAAAGCAUAGAAAAGCCUAACAAAGUGCUUUUUUUGAUGUAUGAAGAAAUCAAAGAGCAACCCAAGAUUCAGCUUAAACGCUUAGCUGAAUUCUUGGAAUGUCCAUUUUCUAUAGAGGAAGAAAAUUGUGGAGUGGUGGAUGAAAUACUAAACAUGUGUAGCUUUGAGAAUUUGAGCAAUUUGGAGGUCAACAAGAAUGGAAAAUUGUCAACUGGAGAGGAAAACAAAGCGUACUUUCGUCGAGGUGAAGUUGGAGAUUGGAAGAAUUACUUCACUAUAGAGAUGAGUGAGAAACUCAAUCAUGUUAUUGAGGAAAAGGUUCAAGGGUAUGGAUUAAGACUUUUGUACAAUUGAUCUAGCAUCAAUAUGUUUUAUG